UCAAACCGGAGAGCGUCCGUUCAUCAUGGCGACUGAAAACGCUGAGACCAACGCGGGGAAUGAUGAGGAGACCGUUCCCCCUUCCGAGACAAACGAGCACGACUAUGCCCACGCCUCCGCGGCCGCUAACUUAAGUUCCAUGGAGGCGACCUCAUCCUCAGGUACACCGGCGGCUGACGGUGGAGUCACCCCACAGGAAAGCUUUACAACGGUGGCUGAACCCGAGUGUAGUUUGCCGGGGCAGCCCACCCUGCAGGUGGAGCUUCCCGAACCUGUCGUGGGUGCGGAGGUGGACUGCCCCGGUGGAAAUGAUGUGGAGGAUUCUCCUCCGCCAGAGGCCGAGGAGGACCCACAGAAGAUAGAAGCUUCUGAACUGGGUACUACUGUCCCUCCAGCUGUGCGAGGUGGCCGCCGGCGUCCCAAGCGGCCGGAGGACAAGAACUGCUCCGCCUGCAAGUCUGAGUUUGAGCGGCAGGGCCGUAGCUUCAACAGGAGAGCGGUGUACACCUUCACCACCCCGGAGACGGUGCAGUGGACCUUCCCGGACGCCUCCGUGCACGACAAGUCCUUCCUAUGUGAGACCUGCGCUCAGGUCAUCAGGAGCAGAUGCAAACGCAGGCAGAGCGGAAAGAGGACCCUGUGGGUGAAACCGCCGCAGACAAAACAGUCAGAGGUGAGAGACAAGAAGAAGAAAGGCCGCAGGAUGGGGAAGAAGAGCAAAGCAGCACUGCUGGUGAGCAAGUCCUGCUACAAGGCUGCUUUCAAAAUGUUGUGGUCAGCCAAAGGUGCACGGAAGCCCAUGAUGGAGUUCUGGAGCAAGCAGCUGAAAGAGGAGAUGAAGGCGCUGACGCGGCAGACGGACAAUCCAUUCCAUCAGAAGGUGUCGAGCAGGAAGCCGCUGUCGUCCUUCCCAUGGCGGCGCUGUCUGAACUGGGCCCAGGACAAGGCUCCACUCGUCACCUCCUGCCUCACCUCGCUGUUCCCCGACAUCAACACUCUCUCAAAGAGCAGCAACCAGAUGUCAGAGGAACAGGCCCAGACGCUGCUGGAGCGCAGGACCGUGGUGGCGCUCUCCAUCCCGCUCUUCACCAGGAACAUCUGGAAGAAUAAUUUCCUGCAGGCCGCUCUGGGGGCAGAGCUCCGCCUGCAGGGCUGCUCUGGCUCUGCUCUCGACGCUCUCAACACCAUGGGACUAUGUCAGAACAAAGACACCGUCAGGUUACUGCUGCACAGACUCCGGAACGGCAAGAAGGCGCCAACACAGAACGGACGACAGAGGAUGAAGAUGAAACUAGAGCAGCUGAAAGGAGAACAGAUGACAGACGCGGAGGAGGAGGAGGAUAUUGAGGAGGAGGAGGAGGAGGAGGAAGAAGAGGAUGAAGAGGAUGAGGAGGAGGAGGAGGAGGUAGAAGAAGAAGAGGAAGAUGAUGAUGAUGACGAGGAAGAGGAGGAGGAAAUGGAGAUGGCGGUAGAGGAGGUGGAAGUGGAAGAAGUGCCGGUGGGAGUGGAAGAGGAGGAAGAUCAAGCCGUGGAGGAAAAGGCAGAGAUAGAAAAGAAGAGGAGGAAGAAGAAGGCGAAGAAGCUGAGGAAGGAGGAGAAGAGGAAGGAGAGAGGGAAGCGUAAAGUAAAGGAGAGGGAGGGGGAGGAGGAUGAUGAAGGGUCGGAGCAGAAGAAGAGGCGGGUUGUGGUGGUGAGGCUCGGCCUCCUGAAGGGACACUCAGAAGUCGGACGAUCCGACCUAUCGGCUCCCUAAGACUGUAGGCUCCGCCCAUGAACUAAAUAACCCCAACCUCCAAUCAGAGAGCAGUACAGACGUCCCGCCCUCUUCUCUGGGAGGUGUUGAAAAGGGAUUCUGGGAAUUGUAGUAGGUCAGUAACUGGAGGGAAACUAAUGACAGCUUUACUUUAUAUUGUAACUUUGAGCAGAAAUGAGUUGAUUUGAUCUCAGAAAAGCCUCAAACACAAAACUGCUCCCCUGAAACUGAGUCUAACAGUAACAUGGCCACAGCUGAUUGAUCACUCGAUUAUCUGCAUCGUUUUAACCCCUGAUGGUCGUGUGUCUCAGGAUAACUGGAUCUCAAAAACAACCAACUUCCUCUUUUGUUACACCUUCCAUGUAUGAUGGUAGCGGUUUCAAAAACACAUUUUGGUAACGUUUUGUUUUAUACGUCCCAUCAUAUCCUAGUAAUUUACUAGAAAGUAACUGAUUUCUGGACAGAACUACGCAAUUUGGUACUAAAUGUGAGUACUAGGUCCAAGGGGCUAAUGUCAUAAUAAUUUGGAAAAAGGCACGUUACAAGAAGAAUUUAAUUUCAGAAGAAGAAGCCUCACUGUCUUUAUCAGUUUAAUCCGCAGAUUAUUUUCUAGAUUAAUCGAUCUAUAAAAUGUCAGAAAAUCUUAAAUAAAUCCAUCCCGUUAUAUUUUGACGUUUCGAUUCUUUUAAGACGUUAGCCGUUCUUCAACAGUUACGAGUACGAGGCUAACUUUCUUCUUGAAAUGAUUAUUGAAUAUGUUUACUCUCAGAAUAUUUCCGUAUAGUUAGUACCAAAUUGCCGGUGGUAUUUUUCAACUGAGGGUGAAGACUAGUUCAUGUGGAAAGUAUAAGAGGGAAGAAAAAGAGUUUCAGGGAGGCAGAGCGACCCCAAACAUGGCUUGAAAAAAAAAGCCACCAAUAAAUGUGUAAAUGUUAAAUUAGCUGACAGGACGGUUACAGACCUGCAGCACAAGUCUGUUUCAAUAUGUCCAUCCAGCUGCUGGAUGAUGGAAGUAACAGGCGGGGAAAUGUGUUUUAAUCCUGUUUGGGGUUAAAAUUCAUUAUUAAAAGUCACUGCAGCUCAGAGCAGGAACAGAACAUGGUUUGAUUUUCAUCUGAACUGUGGAUGUCUGAAGCUGUUGAGGAUGUUUCUGAAGCUUUGCGUUUGUUAAAAGGUUUCUGUGAUCCCAGUUGAUGCACAUCUGAGAAAAGGACCUGGAAUUUAUCGCUUUGUUUUUCUUUCUGUUCGUUGGCUGUAGUGAAUCCAACGCUUCAGGAUGUUUUGUUUGAAGCAUGCCGAGGCCUUUAUGCCGUGUUCACGUCAUGCUCACAUUAUCGAUGGUUACAGAGGAAGGCUGCAACUAAAGAUUAUUGUAAUCACUGAUUAAUCUGCAGUUUUCUAGAUUCAUCGAUUUAUCAAAAUGUACAUCCCAUUUUCUCAAAGUCCAAGGGGAAGUCUUCAAAUGUCUUGUUUUGUCAGUCCAAAACCCAAAGAUCUUCACUUUAAUGUUAAAAAAGAACAGAAAAGCAGAAAAUCACCAUAUUUGAGAGGCUGAAAACUAAAUCUUCGGUCAUUUCGGCACGAGAAAUUAGUUUAACGAUUAAUCGAUUCUCAAAGAAGUUGAAUCAUGGAAGCUCUAUAUUACAGUUGGUCACGUGAGGGUUAAACAUACUGUCCAUUCACAAUAUCGCACUAUUAAUAUUAAAUAACCGUUACAAAUGACUACAGACAGGCGUCCAUACAUGUUCUCAGAUUAUUAUGGGCCUAUUAUAUCAGAGCUUUCAUAAUUACGCUUUGGAUGUUCACGUGGAAACAGCUGGUAACGAACUCCAACAUGAAAUGAACGCAGCAUUAGAGUCGCGUUAAGAAAACAAAGAUAUUCAUUUUGUCAAAAAUCAGAUUGAAUUAUUUUUUUUAGAAUUCAGACACUUUUUUUUUUGUGACACUUUAUUUCAUAAUCUGUAAUUUCCUAAUAAUUCUACAGAAAGAACUAUUGUGGGACUAAUUAUCGUGACAAGAGACACGGUGACAAGAGACACGGUGACAAGAGACACGGUGGAACUGGUUCAAAUUCUGCCUAAAUUAGUUUAGUUUAGCAUUUUACUGCACAGCAGGUCAGCUGAACAUGGAAGUGAAAUGUGUCGUUUGGAAAACCACUUCCCUAUUAUUAGUAGCAGAUUACAUAACUAUUUCCAUGACAUUAGGAAAUGAAGGACCCAUAAAAUAAAGUGUUAAAAAGGUUGUUUUCUGUGGUGUAAUAAUUCCACCAUGAACUUUUCUCUCCUGGUCAGAAAACGAGUAAAUGAAAUGAAAUGUUCUGAACCAGGAGACGCUGUAAUAUAGUUUGAUUUUUAACAAGGGAUUUGUUCUUUGAGUUCCUCGAAACUUCUGCAGAAAAUGUUUUUAUUUUUUAUGUUCGAGUCGAGGAGGAGGACAGAUGUGUUUUCUGACUGUCGGAUCUGAUGCAGAACUUCCUGUUAAAGUUUGCCAAUAAAAAUGUUUAAGGCUUCA